ACUAGUCGACAACGCCUAAGCCUAACGCCGCUAACGCUCUGCGUUAUCACCGACGGCUGGCGGCCGGCGGGGUACUCUUCCGUCUAUCCGAUCUCCGACUAGGAGAAUAUCUAGGGUUUAGCCCGUACCGAUUCCUGAGCCUCCAAUCUACAUUUCCAAUCCUAAUUCCUAGGUAAAACUCGUUAACUGCAUUUGUAAUUUGCGUGAUCGCUCAUUUAUGUAUUCAUAUUAUUUCGGCUGCAGAAUGGCGGUGGUUCUAGACGCGAAAGACGCAAUGGAAUGGUCUUAUAGAGGCGAAGGAGCUAUCAAUCUGGUUCUCUCUUAUCGCGGAAUCGCUCCUCGUUUUGCUGGAAAAAUUUUGAGGAUACAAAAGGUUCCAACCAAUGGGUGUGAAUAUGAGAAUGGUCAUCCAGGCUUAACCGUGCAUGAAAUCCAUCUCUGGAAAGAUGUCAAAGAUCUUGUAUCGGCCCCUACUAGGGAGAUUGCAGAGCACUUCUUUGUCCAGCAAGUAAUGUGUCCAUUUUUGGGUCCUGAGCAUGUUGAUGCUGGGAUUCACAUCCUUGUAUCCAGAGAAUUUCUGGAGGCAGUUGAAAAGAAUGUCCUUCAUAAGCGCCCCACUUGGCGGGUUGAUGCUGCUAAGCUCAAUCUCCUGAGGGAUUCUAUUCUACUGAUGUCUGAUCAUUCAAUAUUCCCCCAUGUUACACCUAAAGAGGAGCUGUGCAUAUGUGUUGAAAUAAAGCCCAAAUGUGGAUUCCUUCCAGCUUCAAAAUUUAUUAUAGAAAGUAAUGCUGUUAAAAGGAGAAUCACUCGUUUUAAGAUGCACCAGGCUCUGAAGCUUCAUCAAGGGAAGAUAUCAUAUAUAAGUGCAUAUGAUCCACUUGAUAUGUUUUCUGGGUCUAAAGACAGAUUAGACAAAGCAAUCAAGGAUCUUUUUAUGACCCCACAGAAUAACUUUCGAGUUUUUGUGAAUGGUUGUCUCAUAUUUGGGGGCUUGGGUGGUGGUGCAGAACCUACAAAUUCUAAAGCUGGCCAGGCAUUUGAAGAUGCACUCAAGAAUAUAAUUUUUGCAAAAGAAGGGAUGCGUACAAAUUAUUUUCUUGAGCUCAUUUCUGAGGCAGUUUUCAGUUCAGGAUUACUAAAUCGCCUUCUUGAAGUUCAGAAGCUUGAUACUUUUGACAUCGAGGGUGCAAUUCAUGUGUAUUAUAAUGUUAUUUCUCAGCCCUGUGUGGUAUGCAAAGAUUUAGGCAGUGGCUUAUCAAAAAGGUUUAACACCCUGCAUUCUAUUUCAAUGGAAGAAAGUUGGAAGAUAUUGAGGGACUAUUUAAUAGCUGCUACUGCAAAGGACUUGAGUAUGAUGAUUAGUUUCAGAUCUCGAGAAGAUGGGAAAAGCGAGUCUUCAUAUGGUCUUGUCUCCUUAAAAUCCACCAACCAAACUUUUGAUUACAAGGCAUCUUUCAUUGACCUGGACCUGAAACCUUUGAAAAAGAUGGAAUUCUACUAUGAGUUGGACAAGAAGAUAGUCAGCAGUUAUUUAACAAUGGUAAAUUCAGGAAAGGGAGAUGGUAAAUUCAAGAAAGGGAAUGACGCGAUCAGAUUAAUUCAAUACUGCAGAAGAUUCUGUGCACGCAGAUGAUAAUUCUGAAAACAGUGGUGUCAGUGGAUCUUCGCUGUUCAAAGUGUAGGUUGAAGGUGAUGAAGUUAAUAUCAAGAAUAGAAGGGAUAAACUCCAUUGUCCUUGAUGCUGCCAAAAGUACAGUGACAGUGAUUGGCGAGGCUGAUCCAGUAUGUAUCAUCAAACAGGUUAGGAAAUUCAGAAAGUCUGCACAGAUAACAAGUAUAGGUGCUCCCGAGCCAGAAAAGAAGAAAGAUGAGAAGAAGGAUGAGAAGAAUGAGAAGAAGGACGACAAGAAAGAA